AUGGGCAAAAUCACGUUUUACUGCACAAUCUGUGCAGGCCCCUUAUACGAAUGGGGGCUACGCAAGGCCUCCACGGCGCAACCUGGCGACAACGAAAAUAGUUUAUUUGAUGAUGACUGUGAAUGCUCGGACCAGAGUGAUGACGGCGAGGACUUCAAACAUACGCCAUAUUGCCCGUGUAACCGGGGGUAUUGGGGUGAUAUUCUGCCUGAGCGAGACAUAGCGGUACAAGCCACCUUUGCGGUCCGGAUGCUACGCAUGCAAGGAGAAUACAGUCAAAACGAAGAUGAAUCUGAAUUGCCAAAUGACGACGGUUCUUGCUAUCUGACCCCGAUUGGCGAAUAUGAUUCUUGGUUUGCCUUCUCGCUUUCUGGAUCAGAUGAGAGCCUUUGGCCGAACCAAGAUGGGUUCAUCGUGCAUGAUGCGUGCUGGCAGCUACUGCAGCUAGUGCACAAAACUACAAGGCCGAGCCAACAACCGCUAGAUCUUCGCCGACUCUAUCUUACUAUGAUGGCCCGUGUACUAGGCCCGAAUGAUGUAUAUCUGGAAUGGCGUGACCCCCGGUUAUAUGGCGGUACUACCGAGUUUACAAUGCAGGAAUGGGAGGCUCUCCCGGGCUAUGAGUGGCUUGUUUCAGACCCGUUAAAAGACAUUGACUUUUCGGAGCUCGUUCAGGAAUCUACAUUGGUGGAACCCAGAUCUCAGAACCAGAAUGUAGCGAGAGGUUCGAUACCCGCCGAUCCAUUCGCCAAACUUCCUUUCGAAGUGCAUUGCAUGAUACUAGAACUAUUGCCAUCAGAGUCAGUUCUCAAUCUUUUUCUGAGCAGCUGCUCGUUCCGUGGAGCUUCUACACGCCUACCGCGCGCUUUUUGGAGAUCUCGGAUCUAUACCGAGACGCCAUGGAUUGAGGGAACAUCACUUUUUGAAACAGUGUCGAGCCUAGACGAAAGGGUUGACUAUAAGAAGCUUUUAUCUCUUCUCAAAGAAACCAGUGCCAGUUGUCCGGAUGGCAGAAAUGACCGAUAUGAAACCAAUCUGUCGUUAAAGAACCGCCGUCGAAUCUGGUCCUGCUGUGAAGGUAUUCUGGAUAUUCUAAGCCGCCGAACGAAGGAGUCAGGAUCCGUCUCAAGUGAACUGGAAUCCAUCACCAGCUCCCAGGUUGCGCGUAUUCGCGACAAAGCCGACAGCGAGACGAGAACGCUAGUAGAGAGCGAGACAUACUUCCGCCCAACCAUUUUGGAUCCACCGCGUCUCAGCAGUUUGACGGUGUACUUCUCAAAACAAACAUCGAUUACCGGAAUCGAGUGGCGCUUAGAAGGGGAGGAAUCUGGUCGCCUCUUCGGGAAAAGGGCCACUGGCAUGCAGAGCGUUGCACUUCCUGCGGACCUUGUCAUCGCCGGUAUUGUGUUAUCACUGGGGCCUAAGUCGCUAAAAGCUUCGGACCGAAUGGCCUUUGGGUUGGGCCUCCUGUCUAUGGACAGAGUCGAUGAACCACGAGUAAAACUGGGGACAUGGACGGAGAACGAUGUCGUCAAAGUCUUCCGUCCUGCACUGAACCAGUCAGCGGCCGUCGUCGGCAUCACCGGCCAAUACAGCGUUCGUCUUCCCCAACCUUUCUCUUUAAAUCAGACCUAA